UUUGGUGAGUUGGACACUUUGGCUGAAUGCAAAAGUUGUGGCAUUGGAUUUAACCCUCAGAAUAUGAAUAUUCUGACCAACAACGGCCGUCCUUGCGCCAAUAUGAAGCUUGUUCCAAUAAGCGAUAGAAUCCUCCCCAACGAGCACGUUCCUCGCAUCAAGAAAGAAGUUGUGGAAAUCUGCAGCAAAGCACGUAGCUAUCGCUUUGAUAUCAGCAAAUGGAAUGAAUUGGAAAAAGCCAGUCGCAAAAUGAAAGACUCAGCUGAAUUUGAUAAGUUGAGGGAAAUUAGACAGAUGGUAAGUCAUUUUAUCAUAUAUGCAUAA